GUGCAACGUUUUCCAAAGCCAAAGCUCAGUAUCCCUGGCCAGCUUUAACCAGAAGAGGUCUCAUUAGAGUCAUUUUUUAUCCAUUCUUCUAUAGAUGGUGGUAUCAGCAGCUAUCCCUAUGGUUAUUUGUAUCAUUGUUAUGUCUCUACUGUCUUCAGAUAAUUUCAAUUAUUGUAUAUUUCAAAGAUGAUACAACAGAUACAGAUUUAGAGGUUAUUUCAUUAACUGAAGUUUUUGGUCCUGCUGUUUUAAUGAUUCUACUUGGUACAGUUCAUUCACAAGUCGUGUCAACAAACUUUGCAAGACCAUUAACAUCCCCAAGAAUAAAGAAAAGAAGAAAACUAAGACGCAAAAGUUUUGCCAAGAGAAACACAAGUUCCUCACGGAAUAGCAAUGAGAGUACAAAUUUAGAUUCUAGUUUAGAAGGAAAUAGCAAAAAAUUUUACAGUGAGGGUCGAAAAAAAGUGUUUGGUAAAUGGAGAAGUAGCAGAAAAAGUGAGAAAAGUGAAAGCGAAGAGGAUGGAAACCAAGAAAUAAUUGAGGAAAAAAUUGCAUCAAGUGACAAUGCUGAGGCUGUUAAAAAACAAGGAGUGAAAAAUGUUGACAAAUCAACUGAUGUGACGUAUAUGAGGAAUGAAGAUGAUGAGGAAGCAGUAUCUGGUCGUACUACAGAAGAUGUUUCUGCAUUGAAUACACCAAUAGAAGAUUUGGGCAUCGAUGGUGAAAUUAUACUCGCAAGCCAAGAUGAAUUUGGUCCAGGGAAUUCUGAAACAUACCCAGCUGCUGCUGUGGCUGAAACUAUUAAUGUUGAUGAAGAAUUGAAUAAAAGGAUUGCAAAAUCUUUUGAAGCAUCUGAAGUGAAUAAGCCGAUGCCUGCUAAAAUUGUAACUGAGUCAGCUGAAGAAAAUAAAGAAUACAUUGUCUUGGAAGGAGAACAAGUCACAAGUAAUAUCGGCACAACUGGUUUAAGGAAACGUGUCAAAGAUGGAAAAUCUGGAAAACCUGUUGCAGAUAAAGCUUAUAUCCCAAGAGAAAUGGAAGAUGAAGAAGACGAUGAAGAAGUUAGUAAAAUAAACGAAGAUGGCAAUGUGAAGCUAUUAAGAGUACCACCUUAUCAAAAAGUUCAUACUGGUUAUAGCAGUGAAGAAUCAGACAUUGAGACAAACCCAUCUGGUACUCCAUGCCCAGAACGAGAUUCAUUAUUCAUACCAAAAAGAGACUCAGACUUAGAGGACCCUAGUUGGACCGAGACUGUUGGUGUGGCAUCGGAAAGUGAAUCAGAAAGUGCUACUGAAGAAACUGAUAAUGAUAAUGGUGAAUUAGAGUUUGAAGAAGAAGAUGUACGAGAGGAUCAAGAUGGCCAUCCAAUUCCAAUAGUCAUAAAUUCAUCAUACACAGUGACUGAUAGAGUGACUGUUCGAGUAUGGGAGCAUAAUGAAUGCAAAAAGGCUGACCUUUCCAUGUUGGAAAUCAGCAACCUAAUACUUAACAAAGUCUACAAUACCAGAUUCAAUAUGGACUAUCUUUUCUUUGGUUUCCUGUUUGCCUUUUUUAUUGCUGUCUUGCCAGUAACUCAUCGAUUGAAUGGACUGAAACCGUCACAGUUGACUAUUCAUGUGGUGUCUGUAUCAUGGCUAAUGGAACUACUUCGCGGAAUGUUUGGAACAACUUGGAGGAUUCAAUUGAUUGUUAUCGUAAGUUCUCUGUUAAGAUUUGUACUCAGUGGUAUGUUCUUCUUUCUUCUGGCUGUUACAGAGAGAACAUACAGACAGAGAUUUCUUCUUGCCAAAUAUUUUGGUCAUGUGACUUCAGCAAGAAAAGCCAGGAAAUCAGACAUCCCUCAUUUCCGAUUGAAUAAAGUACGAAAUAUUAAAACAUGGCUGUCACUCAGGUCAUACCUCAAGAGACGUGGUCCACAACGAUCAAUUGAUGUGAUUGUAUCAUCAGCGUUCUUAUUAGCGCUGUCCUUGGUGUCUCUACUUUGUGUUCAGCUACUAAGAGACAGUGGAACUUUCCUGACUAAUCUUUACAAUUGGGAAUUGGUAGCAUGGUGCCUCAUCUUAGGAGUCUACUUACUUCGGUUUAUGACAUUGGGGACAAAAAUAAAUAAAAAGUACAAACAUCAGAAUACAUCAGCAUUACUCACUGAGCAGAUAAACUUGUAUUUACAUAUGGAACAAAAACCACACAAGAAAGAAGAGCUAAUGCUGGCCAAUCAUGUUUUGUCGUUAGCUGUCAAACUAUUAAAUGAACUUGAGAGUCCAUUCAAGAUUUCAGGUUUAGCCAUGAAUCCAGUGUUAUAUAACAUCACUAGAGUUGUUGUAUUGUCAGCAUUCUCAGGAGUAAUGACUGAAAUGUUGGGAUUUAAAUUAAAGGUUUUGAAGAAGAAAAAAAGGCGAAAUCUCAUGUCCAAGAAAGAAUAUUCAAGAGAUUUUGAUGCAUCAUUGAACUUUUGUACACAUAUGGUACACCAUCAUAAUCAUGGACUGAAAGGCCAUCGCAGUCCAUGUAUGUAUACUGAACAAGAGUGGAGAAAAAUGAACCAAUCAGAUGCAUUGUGUUAUGAAUGUGUGGCACCACUACUUGCUGACCAAUCACAUGUUUUGUAA